CAUCCCGACUUUGCUAUCUUUCGGUUUUCUCAGACUCACUCUUGAGUGCUUUCAACCAUUCCACGCAGGAAAAAAAAGCGUUACAAUUCUUGCGCAUCCACAAUGGCUUGCAGUCUGCACGUCGCAGCACGCAAUGGUCUGCACAAUGUAAAUCGAUUGACCAGCAACAACCAGCUUUCUCGAGCUGUCCGAGCUCGUCAAUUGCGACAAUAUUCCUCCCCCUCGACACCUCCCACCUCUCCUUUCGCUCCUAGGCAUCUGCUCUCAAUUGCCGACCUCACACCGGCCGAAUUCGCUACACUUGUCCGCAAUGCCUCUGCCCACAAAAAAGCCAUCAAGUCGGGAUCAAUUCCGAGGAAUCUCCUGGGUUCUCUGUCAGGCAAGACGGUCGCCAUGAUCUUCAACAAGCGAAGUACCAGGACCAGGGUUUCUACAGAAGGAGCGGUGGUUCAAAUGGGUGGCCACCCCAUGUUCUUGGGGAAGGACGAUAUUCAGCUUGGGGUCAAUGAGUCAUCGUACGAUACCUCAGUAGUGGUGUCGUCGAUGGUGUCGUGCAUUGUCGCCCGUGUUGCAAAGCACUCUGAUGUGGCCGAUCUCGCGAAGCACUCUACGGUCCCGGUUAUCAACGCCCUUUGCGAUUCGUUCCAUCCGCUCCAGAUUAUCGCGGACUUCUUGACCAUUCACGAGACGUUUCCUACGACAGGCAAGGCCGGUCUCUCCAGCCUGGGCCUGGAGGGCCUGAAGAUUGCCUGGGUUGGUGAUGCGAACAAUGUGCUCUUCGAUAUGGCAAUUGGAGCGGCCAAGAUGGGUGUCGAUCUCGCAGUGGCGACACCAAAGGGGUAUGAAAUUCCUGCUUCCAUGCUUGAAAUCAUCAAGCAGGCCGGUGCAGGAGUCAGCUCUCCCGGAAAGCUCAUUCAGACGAAUGUUCCCGAGGAGGCAGUGAAGGGUGCGGAUAUUCUCGUGACAGACACCUGGGUGUCCAUGGGACAGGAGGAAGAAAAGGUCAAGAGAAUGAAGGCAUUUGAGGGUUUCCAGAUCACUUCAGAACUUGCCAAACGGGGAGGAGCCAAGGAGGGCUGGAAGUUCAUGCACUGUCUGCCACGCCACCCAGAAGAAGUCAGCGACGAAGUCUUCUACAGCAGACGCUCUCUUGUUUUCCCAGAGGCAGAGAACCGAUUGUGGGCGGCCAUCUCUGCCCUGGAGGGCUUCGUGGUUAAUAAGGGAAAGAUCGAAUAGAUGAUGAGAAGUCACGGCUGAAACCACUACCUAAUAACAAAACGAAAGGAAAAGUUUAUGCGUAAUUUUGUUUUCUAGAAAUCCUGUCCAGAUAGACUUGUCAGGUAGUAUAUGCGAAAGCUUCAAGUGUUCCUGAAUCCAGUAUUCUUUCCGAAUGCGAAUACGAAUACGGCAAACUACUUGCAUGCUACUAAUAAUCAGGUUUCUAAUUGGCUUCAAGGACGAAUUAACUAAGGACC